UCGCAGUCACAUACCGUUCUCAACUAUCGCUAAGCGCAGAACGAUCGACAAAUUAUAUUAGUGUGAUCAAAGCGGUGUCUUGGUUUUUUUUUCUUUCAAAAAAAAAAAAAGAAAAACCUACACCCUCCUCAUUAAAGAACAAUAUCGUCCGGUGAAAUCGCUCCAUGGAGAAAUUACAAACCAUCAAUUAUUCAUCUUUCAGUUCGGUUUUCUGCAAAUCCCGUGUCAUUAUCACGUUAUCGUUUCCAGUGACAUUUCGAAAUAAACAAACAUCAGGUGUUACAACGUGAGAAAGGGAAAUUCACGCCUCGGUAUAAAGAGGGAAAAAGUCGACAUUUUCUUUUCUUUUUUUUUUGUAUUUUUAAUAUAAAGUGCCAAGUGCGUGAAUUCUUGAUAAACCAGCUUCUUUUUUUUCUGUUCAUUGACAGGUGCAUCGUCAAUUUAUCAUAAUCUUUUUCUCUUUAAUGAUUUGCGUUACUGUUGUCAUUAACUGCUUGAAUGAAAGUCAGGAAGUUUGUUCUUUUUAAAAAAGACCAAUUGUAGGAAAAAAUUUUUUAUUUCUUUUAGAUGUGUACUGAAUUAUAGAAAGCCGAUAUUCUCUUGCGCCACGUGCUUUUACAUGUGCACUCUCUUUAAGUAAUUAUUUGAUUGAUUCUCAAGUGUCAUUGCGGAAAGUAAACGAAUAUUAAUUUAUAGUUAAAUUUGUCUGGUAUAUUAUCAUUUGAUAUUUAUACAAUUUCUUCUUUUUUUUAAGCCAAGGUCUUUUAUUUCUCCCCUUCAUUUGUUUGUCUUUCACUUUUUGCGAAUUGUUCUCAUCCUUCUUGAAUUUUGAGGAAAGAAAUUAUUGAAUCAAAUGAUGUGGAAUAUUUUUUAUCGGCGUAGCUAAUAGUAAUAACAAUAGUAACAACACUGGUAAUAACAGUAAUAGCAAUAGUAAAAACAAUAGUAAUAACAGUAGUGAUAACAAUAGUAAAAACAAUAGUAAUAACGGUAGUGAUAACAGUAGUAAAAAAUAGUAAUAACAAUUGUAAUAAAACACUGGUAAUAACAGCAUUAUCAAUAGUAAUAGCAAUACUAAUAACAAUAGUGAUAACAAUAGUGAUAUUAAUAGUAAAGACAAUAGCAAUAUUUUCAGUAACAACAAUUGUAAAAAAAUUGUUACAAAGUAGUGUUAAUAAUAGGAAAUCGCAAUAGAGGUGCAUAAUUAUAAAUCAUAAGAUGCAAAAAACAAUUAUGUAAAGGGUAAAAAAAAUUUGUAAUUUAAAGAUUGUCUUUGUAGCUAAGAAAUAAUAGUAACAAUUAGCUUAUAAAUAAUAUAACAGUAAAUUUUAAAAACUAUUUGCCUUGAGUUGUAUAAUUUCCGCGAGAAGUUGAGAGUAAAAAAAAGUCAAGGACACCUCGAAAAAAGAAGCUGGUCGUGAUUUAUAAUAAAUUGACGACGAAAUUAAUGGAGAUUAUUUUAAUAGGGAAUGUCAUCCGGAAGACGGAAAUUGGUGAUUAGAUUUUGUAUUAUUCUUGAUUGUAAUUAAAUGUUCGUUGGCGAAUUUAAGUGCGUGAUUGCGGUAAAACUUUCUCUAAAACGAUAUCAAUAAUAUAAAAUAUAAAAUUAUUUCGCAUUUUUUUUUUUUUUGUGUAAAUAUCAGUUUUUAUCGAAAAGGAACUAUGUGAAAGAUUGGUGGACGAUCGAAAAAUGGGUUGAUUAGUUUGUGAACACUUGGAUAUUAUAAUAGAUGUUCAUGGAUGUUGUAGUGUCAUCUGUAACAAAAACACAUUCGGAUAAAACGAGCUUAAUAGUACUUGGAGCUUUAAUUAAAAAGAAAAAAAAGAAAAAGUAUUCUCGAGAGUCUGAUGUUUGUCACGUAUUGUCAGUCGUCUUAUAACAUAAGAAUUGAAAUCAAUUCAUUUUCCAAAGAGCAUUUCACUUUCGAAGAAGUGUAUAUUAAUUUUCUUGUUACUUUUCUAAGAACGUAUUGUCACUUUAUAUAGUUUUCGAGAGAAAACUAGAUUUUCAAAGAAGUGCAUUAUUUUUCAUGUUUCUUUGAUGCUGAUCAAAAGUUUGAGAAGAAAAAGAAAUACUACAGUCGUUAUGAAGAUAAAGAGAGUUGGCAAUUAUUGACCAAACAACAUGAAGAUUAAUAGCUGCAGAAUUAUAGAAUUAGAAUUUUUUUGAUAUAAUUAUACCUCAAUACAUUUAAUGGUCAAGUGGAAAUUUUCUUUUUGAUUUUAGUUUUAAAAAAGCUCGUUAUUUUAAUGUGAUAUGAAAAAUAGUUUGUGAAGAUUCUUUUGGGAAAUAUUUUCGACGACAAUUGUUUGAUACAAUGCUAAACUGCACUGACCUCGAGUGCAUUCUGCACCAUCAUCACUAUCAUGCUCAUCUUCAUCAAUUACAAUCUUAUCUUCCUGGAGAACUUGAGGAAGACGGCCUCUCAACUGCACCUGAAAAUAUUAGGGAUGGGAUUAAACAACACGAAAAUGAUACGAUCCCUCCAUCGGAGAGUGUGUAUAUGCUAUGUGGCGUCGUAAUAGCGAUGGUAUUAGUUGGAGUCAUUAUUGUUCUCUUGGCCGUUACUAUCAGUAAGUUGCGGAAGAGGGAGGAUCAUGCCAAUGCUCAACAUCCUGAACCUGUUGUUCAAACGGCAACGCCAGGCAAUAAUGUUGUCUCACAAACAACAACGACAACAACAUCGUCAUCGAGUCCUGUUGAUGGUUGCUGUACGCAAACAACAGUCCUGACGACGUCAACAACGGCGGUCGUCACGAUGGACAGCAAUGGUGUUGAGCCGGAUCCAAUUUUCACCACAAAUACAGCAACGGCCGAACAAUUUAUUUGGCAAUUCCCGCCACCUUAUCCACCGCUUAAUACACCGCCACCUCAGUAUACACUGUACAAUGACCAGGAUACUCUUGUACAUGGGCUCUCGGCGGAUAGGCAGGGUUUUGCAAAGGGCUUCCGAAAAAAUCUCGGAGGACGUUGGCGUCGUUUGGUGAAAAGAAAACCGGAAACGGACACAUGUGCGUUUCCACCAGAAAUCAAGGAUCAAUUGAAGACCAUCUAUGUGUAUUGACAAUCUCGGGAGGGGAAAAAAAAAUAAGAAGAAGAAGAAGAAAAAAUGGACCAUUACCACUACGUUGUUGGACCCAUUUUUUUUCUCUUUACUAUUAUUAUCAUCUGUGAACCUUCCACUCGAUAAUCUAUGCUUUCCUGUAUUGUAAGAUAAUUAAAAUGACGAGAGAUUUUCAAAGAAUGUGCUGUGAGAAUGAAUUGAGUGCUUGUGUGACUUUUUUUUUUGUAUGCGUGUAACUGUUGUUUUUUUUUAAGUGAAGAGCGACCAUUGUCAAAAAAAAAAAAAAAAGAAUAAUUGUAAAGUAAAAAUCAGCAAGAGAAAUGGAAUAUUAUGUAAUUUCUGUAGAAUAAGUUCUAGGCUUCGGUUGUUAGAAAAAAAUGGCUCUUGGUCGAUUGUAACGCUUCGCAAUUUCUUGAUUUUUUUGAUUUUGUAAAUUUUUCUUUUCAAUUUUAAUUAACUAAAUUUAAACUUUGGUUUUUAUUGCUAAUUCCAAUUACAGUACUUUUACAUUAUUUUUACAUUUUUCACGGUAAAAUUGCGUUACAAUUAAAUUACAUAUACAUUACAGUCAAGUUUUUUGAAUUUUUAAACUACUUUUGAAUUUUUUAAACUAAAUUUUUUGAAUUUAUUUUAAAAAAAUUUUUGAAGUUAGAAUUUUUUACACUACAAUUUAAUUUUUUAGAUUACAAUCGAGUUCUUUACAUUUAAAUUAUAUUACAUUUACAUUGCACUCAAAUUACAUUUACAUUACAAUUAAAUUAACAGAAGAAUUCUUUAAAGUCAGAGAAUUCUUUCUUUGAUUUCAAAUUCUUCGAUUCAGACGAACUCUUUUUUUUUGGAGAAUUUAUUUCUUUUUGAAAAAAGAAACUGAAAUAAAAAAAAUAUUGAGAAAUUGUGAAGUGAGAAUUAGGUGUGAAACAAUACAUAUCAUAAGAGCACAGUGCCUUACUAGAAGCACCAAAACUGGAGAAUUAGGCCUUUUACAAUUUUAAAUUAAAACGAACCACUUUAGAUCGAUUUGUAUUGUCAAUUUUAAAAAAUACCAGAGUGCCUUUCUUUAAGAGAGAAUUUUAGUCAAAUUUAGUCAAAUUUAAUCAAAUUUAAUCAAUUUUACUCAAUUUUAAUAAAUUCUAGUGAAUUUGUCCAACUUUUUGUAGAUUUCUGUAGAUUAUUGUAGAUUUUACUGUAGAUUUUUCAGAUUCGAUUUUUCCAUUAUUCUCCAGUUAGGGCUUUAAUAAUUAAGUGCACACUAAAUUAUCCGACCAAGAAAGUGCCUUUCCUUCCCCCUCGAAACAUUUUUCAUCAUCAACAAAAAAAAGGGGGAAGUAACGCGUUAUUUAUUUGCAAUUAGUUCCGCUAUUACAUUGCUAGCGGUAUAUACCAGGAGCGCUGAGGAAAAACGAUUGAUCCGUCCAAGUUCUUUCGUUAAAUAUAAAAAAUAAGGCGAUUAUUUAGAAAAAAAAAAAAUAAAUAAGAGCAAGUUUAACGGUGAAGCUAGCGAUGAGUGGCGGAAUUAAUGUGUCUCUCGUUUUGUCAACGGUAUUUAAUAGACGCGAAUAGAAAAUACGAAUAAAACUGGAGUCGUUGAACUUGUGGUUCCGCUGAACGACGUGGCGCAAAAAAGAAAGAAGAAGAACUUGAUGAGACUGAAAAAAAAUAAAAGAAAAAAAAGAAGAAAAAAAAAUAAAUAAAUAAACGUAAAGUGUACGACAAAACGAGUUACCUCGUAGCUUUUGUGUACGUUUUUACACACUCGAUUAUAGUUUUUAGAGAGACUAACUGCGAAAGAAAGAAAAAUAUUAGUAUUAUUGUACACCGAGAAACACACGAGCCUUGGGUGCUGCCUUUCCAUAGGCUUUCUUUAUUCUUCUUCUUUGUCAUUUGCAUCUCUUGGCAGCUCCGCGCUCAGUGAUCAGGUGUAUAGCAAUAAAAAAAAAAUCGCAUUCGCCUUUAAAAAAUCUUGUACAGCUAAAUCCUCGCACUGAGUUUGUUCUGCGUUUGUCGUUACUUUUUUCAUUUCUUCUUCUUACACAGGAAGUGUAAAUGUAAAAAGUCAAUUUUCGAAAAUGAAAAAAUCGACAUUUGCUUUAUUCACUCAUGUGUUUUUUUUUACGGAUAAGGCCGAAUAAGACUAUUGAAAAUGAAUAAGAAAAAAAUUGCAAAAAAAACGAUACGACUCAUAUUGAGUCCUUAUCAUUACGAUAAUAUGGUAUUUUAGUUGAAUUGUUGUAUUAAAUGGCGUUACUCAAAUUCAAGAAUAAAGAGUCGCGAUUCUUGACAUUAAUAAUUAAAAAACAAAAAUAUUCGAACAUUUCGUGUUGUUCGUCUUCGUAAAUAGUUAAUUUUUUAAGUGAACAGAAUGUGAACAGAAAGAAAAAAAAUUUGUCAAAAUUUUUUCUUUUAGUAUAUUUGUAUAUUAAAAAAAAGGCCAGGUAUUUGGACCAAAUACAAGUGGAAAAAUUAUAUUUUCUUCUAUUAUCUUUGUUCCUUUGUAGAGAUUAAACAACAGUGAUUUUUAGAAUUUAAGAAUUAAAAAAACAGGACAUUAAAAAAUGUGUAAAUAGAGAAAAACAAAAAAUGUAUUGUGUAUACGUUUAUUUAAAUCUGCGGUUAGGCAUAAUAUAUGAUACCGUAUUAAACAACGAUGUGAUUACAUAUCCUCCCUCUCCAUCUCCACCAUUGUAUAUCAUUCAGUUUCUGUAAUUUCUUUUUUUUUCUUUUUUGUUUUUGUAAAGAAUACAAUAGGAUGAGGCUGCGUUCUCACUUACCUAGUCACUUGUUUAAUAAUGCGAAAAAAAAGUUGUUUCACUAGAUUUAUUUCUAAUGUGCAGCUUCUUUAUUUUUUCCAACAACAUGUCUAAAUACAACAAUAUCAAAUAAAGUAUUAAAAUAUGA